CCAAUCUCUCUCGCGUGUAACUUCCGAACUCAGGAACAACACCUUAGAGCCCAUUAGGAAUAGAGAAAGAGCAAAGAAAGCGAGAAAAAAAAUAAUAAAAAAAUAAAUAAAUAACCUAGCAAUAAUUAUAGAUUUUAUAUACGAGAGACAACACGAUACACAAUUACUCAAAGCACACAAACGCAUACACCCCAUAACCAAAGGAAGAGAGAGAGAGGGAGAGAGAGAGAGAGGAGAAAAGAAGCAGUGGGAAAAAACACAAAAGAGAACCAAAAACCCAGAAUCUAGAAAGGGAGCAAGAAACAGCUCUAUCAUAUCACAUAGCAUACCAAAUUCAACACAACACAGAACAAGAGAAAGAGAAGGGGAAAAAAAAGGAAAAGAAAGAAAGAAAAAAAAGUACUUCCUUCAAAAAAAAAUAUAUUUUUUAUAGAAUAUUAUACCAUAUAUUAAGAUUGUUAUUUUUGGUGUAUUCGUGUUUCCUGUGAAGAGAGGUAGAGAUCUUGUCCUCCUACAAUGUCCACUUUGUAGCGGGCAAGGUAAUCUCUUCCAGCAAAAUUUCCCCUUCUAAUCUCUUUCACCAAUCGAAAUUUCACGUUUUUUUUUUGUUUUCUCGUUAACGCUUCGAAUCAGAGCUUCUUUUCCCCCUUUUGAUCGAUACCCAUUAUUGCUUAGGGUUUCUUUGGAUCGAAGCUCGGCAGUUGCGGAAUUUGGAAAUUUUCCGAGUGAUUAGGGUUUUGAUCAGAGUGUGUGAUUCAACGGAAGACUGAGGGUUGCUCCUUCGUGAAAUGGGCAUGAGCUCUAGUCUCUUCAAGGGUUCAAAUUGUGGAUUUGGGGCUAAGGUGUUUGAUCAUUUGCACUUGGAGAUUGCUUAAGAUGGGGAUGAACAUUGCUACUAUGAGCAUGGAAGAGGAUUGUCUAUAUCAGUAACAGUGAUCAAGAUUUUGAGAACGGAUUUUUGAAACAGUACAAAAAGCCUUUCCCAGUCUUUCAUUUUUGGUGUUCCCUUGUUCAGUCUUAGCUGGGGAAUCGUUUUGGUUUCUGGCCUUGGCACGGAGAAAAAGUUGAUCAUUCUUUGUUUUUAGUCGAGGAAACACAGAGGAUCUGAUUUUGGUGGUCCAUUAUUGUUUCUGAAGAAACCCUUUUGGAUUGACAUUGUUAGGGUGAGCUUAAUACCAUACCAUAGUCCAUAGUGCUCCCAAACUUAUACUGAUUGGGUUUGUGUUGAAUCCUCAUCUGUGGUUGCACUAGGACUUUACUGAGUUAGACUUAGAUUGAGUAGUUGCUGUGCUCCGCAGUUUUGAAUUAAGUUCCGUAAUAAUAGUUUGAGCUGUUUUCAUAUUUUGGUGAAGGAAAGCAAACCUUGGUGGUUUCCGUAAUCCGUGUUUCUAGUGAGCAAGAGGUUUAUGGAGGAAUAUUAAAACUGGAAAUGAGUGUGAUGACAUGGUGCAUGGACAGGAGCAUAGUUGCUGUUUCGUUCCCUUUCUGGAACAUUGCUGCUGGAAACUAAUUGAAGCACUCUCAAUUUUGGAAGGAUUUUGCACUGGGCAUAUCUGGAUUUUGUGCAAUGUCGCGGUGCUUUCCAUUUCCACCACCAGGAUAUGAAAAGGAAGCUAGAACAGAUGAAGUAGACUUGUUAAAAAAGGAAAAGCACAAAGAAAAGAAACAUAAAAAGGAGAAAAAGGACAAAGAAAAGAAAGAAAGUAAGGAGAAGAGAGAAAAAGAAGGAAGGGAUGGAAAACAUAAGGAAAAGAAGGACAAAAAGGAUAAACACAGAGAAAAGAAGAAAGAUAGAGACAAGGACAAGGACAAGGACAAGGUCAAGGUCAAGGAGAAGGAUAGGGACAAGGCAAAGGUCUUAGAUAGAGAUAACAGUAAAACAGGCACUGCAGACGACAAAGAAUUUCCACGACAUGCUGAGGGUCCAAAUGUGGGUAAAGCCUACCAAAAGGAUUCCAGGCAAAAUGAUAAGAAGGGUACUCUUGUUGAGGAGAAACCUGCCAAACAGCAUACCAUUGACAAUGGGGAGAAGGCCAGACAAAACAAUCAUCUGGCUAAGGAGAACAAGGAUUCUAAAAUCCUCAUGGAGUUGGAUAGGAUGGUUAGGGGUGGUAACGGAGGAACUGAAAAUCAUUUGGUUCAGUUCACAAAUAUAGACCACAGGAAAGAGGAGGAGGCUGUUAGGUUUGUGGGAAAGGGCAGUGGUGCUUGGCUUGAUGGUAAGGAAAAACUCAAGGAUAAGGCUUUUAUUGCUAAGAAGAUCGAUGGAAAAGGAAUCCCGGCUCAAGACCGACCUAUUGCAAAUGCAGCUGUUCAGAAUCAUGUUGGAAAUUUUCAUCCCAGAGUUGAUGGAGCACCCAAAGUUUUGGAGAAGAAUAGGACUUUGGAAGCUGGAAAUAAAGGUAAGGAAAAAAAAGAUGAAGUAAAAGAAAAGGUUAAGGAAAAGAAAGAUGAAGGAAAAGAAAAGGUUAAGGAAAAAAAAGACGAAAAACGGAGAGAAAAAAGGAAAGAUAGAGAGAAGGAGAAAAAAGGGCAUGGAAAGGACAAAGACAGGGACAAAGAGAAGAAAAAAGAGGAGAAAGCUAUGGAGCAUACCGAAGUUAAAAACAUAGAGCUCAAUAAAUCAAAAGAAUGCAACAAAGCUGGUCCUAUAGGUUUAAAUUCUUUGUCACAAGUCAAGAACGGCCAUGAGAAUGCUGUUACUGGUGAAAAUCCCAAGAAACGAAAGGAUGUUGAAUCAAAUGGAGUUCCACGUGCCAAUGACAAUUGGCCUAGUAAGCUGCCAAGACCAUCUUCCUCUCACCUGUUCGCCGAAAAUGGAAGGAUAUUGGAACCAUGCCAAAUUUCCAUUCCAAAUGCAUCUGACAGGCAAGGAGGAGCAGCCCCUAAUGUUAAGAUAGAAAACAAGGCAGGCAAGAUAAACGGCAUCAUUGACACUCAGCCGUUUGAAGUUCCCUCAAACAAGAGCCAUAUUGCUCCUCCUGCACCAGCUGAACCGGUCAUUGGAGCAACCAUAAAACCCCCUCAUCCGGAUACCAAGUACCUAAGCCAGGUAUAUUCAAUCCCGAAAAUGGAGGAGUGGUCUGGUUUCGAUGAUCAAGAAUGGUUGUUUGGUAGCAGUAAUUUUCCAGAAACGAGACGUGUGGUGGGAUCUUCUGAGGUUACAGAACCACAUCAAGUAUGGUCAGAAGGUUUGCACAUAGAGCCAGUAGAUGUCUUUGCUCUGCCAUAUGUCAUUCCAUACUGAUUGACUACACGCAUGAUUGGCACAUGAUACUUCAAUUAUAUAGUCGGCACGAGGAAACCCUCCUUUCUAGCCCCCUAUAUGGGACCAAAACUGCAGCACGAGGGAGGAGCUAGGAACUGAUUCCAAAUUUCUUGAAAGCAUUCUUUUGUUAUUUGUGCACACACUGCAACAAAGUAACCAGUGACUGCUGAUUGCAUUGAUCUUAAAAACUGUCUGGGGUGGUGACUUCUGAGUCUGACCAAUCACUCACCUUGGACCAACUUUGUGUCACUAUUAGUUGCAUUGUUUGAUGCAUUGCUGCAGGCCUGGUUUUGGGGUGCAAUUCUUGUUAUGCAGCCUUUGCAGGUUGUGGAUACUGGGAGAGAGAGGAGAGGAGCGGAAACAUGCUAGCUUGUGCAUCAUCUUGUUUAUCUUAUUUUUGUUGAGAGCUGAGGCACUGUUUCUAAUUGAGGAAUGAGAAUGUAAGAAAAAGAAUACAUGUGUGGCCUUGGCAACUCCACCACAAUUUUGAUUUGUAACAUAUAGAACUUUCUUUUAAAAGGAUAUGUAUGGUAGAGAAGGGAGCCCCCUCAAAAAAAAAAAAGAAAAAAAAAUGAUCGGAUUCAUUCAUUCAGUAUCCUGUAAAUUUUAUUGGUCGUUUGAAUGAGUGUUACUCC